AUGAAGCUUUCCCUCUUCUUUCUCCUCCUCCUGAAUUUUUUCGCUUACUGCUCCUCGUCAUGUCGGAGAUCGUUUGUCAAGCCGCUUCUCACGUUGCGUGGAGGCAUGGGCAGAGCAGACGAGCAUCUGCCGCGAUCGGGUGACGCUGUGGUGAUGCACAGCUCGUCGAAGGCACAUGCUGUUCCUGGAGGCUGCGAAGUGUACGAUUUCCUUCCAUUGGCGGUGGAAAGCGCGCUAGAGGGGAUGAGCAAACGAGUCUUGGUGAGAGCAGGAAAGCACAGCUGGGACAGCGCGAAGCUGAUCGUAGGAGGAUGGAGGGCUGAUCCAGCCAACCCCUACGAGUCCCUCCAAGAGCGAGAGGCCUCGGAGGUGACCAAGGAAAUCACACGAGAUGGCAAGUCGCCCACGGAGCAGACAGUCAGUCUGGUAGUGCAGGGGGAGGAAGGAGCAAGGAUGUGGGGCAUGUGGUUCCUUGAGCCUGAGAGCACAGGAAACUUCACCAACGUGACCUGUGCUGUGAACGCGUCGCACGACACGUCGCAAUGUACCAUAGAGGUCUGGGGGAGGGGAUGGAAGUUCACGAGCUGUGGGAUAAGGAGUUUGCAAGGCACAGCAUUGAAAUGCUCUAGGUCAUGGACAAACGCUUUCGGACCGGGGGAGAGCAACGAGCAGAGAAUGGCGUCGAGAUGCGGGACGUUAGCAGGUGGCUCGGCGUUGCGGGUCAGCUGUCGCCCUACUGACGGAAUGCAUGAAAGAGCUGCUCUUAGUGACUGCGUCUUGGAGUACACUGGCCUUGGGUCCUACGCUGUGCAGGUGAACCAGUCAGCUCUCCCCUUCCCCGUCCCCGUAGUCGUCCCCAUCCCCGUCCCCGUCCCCGUCCUCGUCCUCGUCCCCGUCCCCGUCCCCGUCCCCGUCCCCGUCCCCGUCCCCGUAGUCGUCCUUGAUUGGCUGAGCAGCAACACGAAGACACUCGACUGCGAGCCGAGCAUUGGUGGGCGCUCGCAGACGUCCCCCCUGGUCCUUGACUUGAACUGCAGCAUGAUCCAGGGGAACAGCGUCGGCCUCUUUGUAGAUAGGAACAGCCUGUGCGAGGUCUACAGGUGUGUCUUCAAGGACAACGACAUGGGGGCUUUCUAUGCUGGCCCGGUGGCCUACAACGCGAGCAUGAGGCUUGUAGGCAAUAGGAUCUACGGGAAGUUGUGGUUCAGCAGGAGGCGUCCAGGAGGGAUCCUUGUGGAGGAACAUCACAUCGACCGCAACGGGCCAACGUUCAGCAAUGAGACUGAGAAGGAGAGGAGCGAGAGACUUCUCAAGGAGGAGCACCACGGGCUGGACAUCUCCGAUGGCUCCUUCAAGGGUCACUUUGACAACCUUCUCGAGCUGGACGCCUUCAAUCCUCUCUGUCUCUCUGCUACCGGCGAGUCAUGGAAGAGCCUCGAGGACAAGCUGAAGGAGACGACGCUCGGAGGAUACAACCAAGUCUAUGCUGCUGCCCGCAACAUCCAGAAGGUGGUGGAGGACGAGGAGACGUGGAAGCGAGGAGAAAUCCCCCCGAUGACCGAGGAAGAUGCUGUCAACCUCCUGGAGGCGAACUGGCAGGACAACAAGGCGAUAGAAGCAUGGAUCUACUCUCAGUUCCGAGAAGAAGGCACCAGGCUCCCUCAGCAGCAGCAGAUGGAUGGUAGCAGCGAGACUAUAGAGGAUGACGAUCAAGAUAUCCUCUGA